AUGGAUCCAUCCACCCGCGACCGCCAACAACAACCCGAUCCCGUGGAAGAAGCCCGCUACCUCAACUUCAAACACUCCCAACCGGGCCACGCGGGCCUAAACAAAUACUCGUCCACCCUCACGCGCGAACAUGAUUUCCCGGCCGCCCAAGCCAUGCUAUACGCCGCCGGCGUCCCGAACGAAUCCGUCCUGAAAACGUGGCCGCAUGUCGGGAUCGCGAGCGUCUGGUGGGAGGGGAACCCUUGUAACACACACCUCAUGGAUAUCAAUCGGGAGGUGAAACGACAGGUAGAAAAAUUGGAUUGUCUGGGUUGGGGGUAUAACACUGUGGGUGUCAGCGAUGGGAUUGCGAUGGGUGGGGAGGGGAUGAGAUUUAGUCUGCAGACGAGAGAGUUGAUUGCGGAUUCGGUGGAGACCGUUACUUGUGCGCAGUGGCAUGGUGAGUUCGUGAUUCUCUACCAGAAGAUUGGGGAGAUGGCUGAUAUGGGAGGAUGAUAGAUGCCUGUAUUGCCAUUCCCGGAUGUGACAAGAACAUGCCCGGCGUCGUGAUGGGUUUCGCUCGGCAUAAUCGUCCUUCGAUCAUGAUUUACGGCGGUUCCAUCAAUCCGGGUUUCUCCCAACUCUUACAGAAACCCAUCAAUAUCGCUUCGGUCUACGAAGCCCACGGCGGAUUCUUGUACGACAAUCUGAAAAACCCGAAUGAUCCGAGCCAGACGAAAGAGGACAUCUUGUCGGAUAUUGAAAAACAUGCCUGUCCUACGCAAGGUGCUUGUGGUGGUAUGUUCACGGCUAAUACCAUGGCCACGGCGAUCGAAACUCUCGGUCUGAGUGUCCCCGGCUCCAGCUCGACGCCCGCGAGUAGUCCGGUCAAGAUGCGGGAAUGCGCCAAGGCGGCGGAGUGUAUCAAAAUCUGUAUGGAAAAAGAUAUCAGACCGAGGGAUCUGUUGACGCGGAAGGCUUUUGAGAAUGCGAUUGUCAUGAUGAUGGCUCUAGGUGGGAGUACGAACGGAGUCCUGCACCUUCUUGCAAUGGCCGGGACCGCGGAGGUGGAAUUAACUCUGGCGGAUUUCCAGAGAAUCUCGGAUCGAGUUCCUUUUCUUGCGGAUCUGGCUCCAUCGGGGAAGUAUCUGAUGGUCGAUCUCUUUGAGAUUGGAGGGAUCCCUUCGGUCCAGAAACUGCUCAUUGCUUCUGGUCUUCUGGAUGGGUCGACGAUGACCAUCACGGGCAAGACUCUGGCUGAGAAUGUCGAGAGCUGGCCCUCUCUCAAGCAGGGACAGGAGAUGAUUCGACCUCUCGAGAAUCCGAUCAAAGCCACGGGACAUUUGGAGAUUUUGUACGGGAAUCUGGCUCCGAACGGGGCUGUGGCGAAGAUCACUGGCAAGGAAGGAAUGGUCUUCACCGGGAAAGCUCGUGUCUUCAACAAAGAACACGAAUUGGACGAUGCUCUGAAUCGAGGCGAGAUCCCGCGAACGGAGAAUCUGGUUGUGGUCGUUCGAUAUGAAGGACCGAAAGGAGGUCCCGGUAUGCCGGAACAACUCAAGGCUUCCGCUGCGAUUAUGGGUGCGGGACUGAAGAAUGUUUCCCUAAUCACGGAUGGGAGGUACUCCGGUGCGAGUCAUGGGUUUAUCGUCGGGCAUAUCUCUCCCGAGGCGGCUGUGGGAGGCCCUAUCGCGGUGGUCAAGGAUGGGGAUGUCAUCACCAUCGAUGCAGAGAGAAAUCGUAUCGAGAUGGAUGUCAGCGCGGAGGAGAUCAGCAAGAGGUUGGAAGCUUGGAAGCCGCCGCGGAUGCCCGUCACGAGGGGCGUUUUGGCUAAAUAUGCAAGGCUGGUGGGCGAUGCUAGUACAGGGGCUAUGACGGAUCUCUUCUGA